AUGCUAGCGGAGGAGAAAGGAGCGCACAAUCACACCGGAGAGAGUGACGAUCUGAUGCGACGAAAAGCGAUUCUCGGUAUGAAGGAGCAAUGCUUAAGUCGGCCGCACAAAUCGAGCAAAGAGGUCUACCAGCAAGUUUUGGCGGACAGCUUUGUAGAGACGGAAAGGUCUCAUCCUACGGAGAAGAUCGCUGCAGCGAUGCCUACCUACAAGAACGUUCGCAGCAUUCUCCAGAGACAGAGAGCAACACAGCGGCCUCCGCUACCCGCUUGUCGAGCUGACUUAUCACUUGUCGGCGUAUGGUCCCAGACUCAUUCUGGACAGAACUUCGUUCUGUUCAACGACGGAGGCGAUGGGAAAAUUGUCGGUCUCGGCACGGAUGAGACUCUGCGGAUCUUGACUCAAGCUCCUGUAAUCUAUAUGGACGGAACAUUCCGAGUAGUUCCCAACAUAUUCUGCCAAUUGUACACUCUACAUGCCUUCUACAGGGGGCAAAUGAUGCCUCUCGUUUAUCUCCUCCUACCCGACAAGAGCACGAAUACAUACCUUCGAGCGUUUGAUCUUUUGAAGGGAUGCGCCGCCAGUAGAAAUUUCUGUCUUCAACCCCAGAAAUUUCAAGUCGAUUUCGAGCUCGCUGUACUUCGGGCGAUUCAAGAGAAGUUCCCCCUCGCCGAAAUUAAAGGGUGUAAUUUUCAUUACACUCAGGCCCUGUGGAGGAGGGUCCAGCGCGAGGGUUUGACGAGGCCUUACGGAAACGAUCCCGCCGUGGAGAAGUACAUCAGAGGCUGCAUGGCAUUGAGCCUUGUGCCACUCUCAAGCCUCGACGAUGCGUGGUUGGAGGUGGAAGCGGAAUCCCCAGGCACGAACCACGAAGCUUAUCAGAAGCUCACUCAAUUCAAGGAUUAUUUCAUAAAAACCUGGUUGGAAAACGAUCCCGUUUUCCCACGGGGGCUCUGGAACCACUUCGG